CCUUUUUCUCGCCUCAUAAACCGCCCCUGAAGUAAGGGCGGCUUCUGCCGGGUCCCCAAAGGCUCGGUUGACACUUUCCGCCGGAGCUAUUACGAGAAGACUUUCGUUGGAUUUUGUGGAAAGUUGCUUCCUGGGCUUUGAAAGGCGCGACGCCGAUGAAACUGAUCGAUAGUAGCGGACCAGCGGCCAACAAUGCUUUCACCACCAGCGUUGCCACGGCCUGCGCUCUUGCCCCGGAGAUGAAGUAUAUCUUGGGUAUAGACGUGGGCAGCACGGUGAUACGGUGCCAUGUGUACGACAAGGCGGCGGUCCUCAAAGGAUUUAGUAGCAAACAGAUAGAGGCUCUUCAUCCUCAGCCCGGUUGGGUUGAAUUAGACCCUGAAAGCCUGUGGACCCAGUUCACUGAUGUGAUUAAAGAAGCAGUUCAAGUUGCAGGACUUAAAAUGAAUCAAAUCUCUGCUCUUGGACUUUCAACACAACGUGCAACUUUUAUUACAUGGAACAAAAAGACAGGGAAACCUUUUCAUAAUUUCAUAAGUUGGCAAGAUGUGAGAGCUGCUAACCUUGUUAAAUCCUGGAACAGAUCUUUUUUAAUGAAGGCAGUCCAUGGUAUUUCUUCUUUGCUGCACUUUUUCACUCGGAUUAAUAAACUUCUACUAGCCCGUUCUUUUAGUUUUACAACACAGCAUGUCUCUUUAAGACUGGUUUGGGUUUUACAGCAUUUAUCUGAGGUAGAACAAGCUGCUAAAGAUGACAAUUGCUGUUUUGGAACAGUUGACACAUGGUUACUUUAUAAACUCACUAAAGGUGCAGUGUAUGCUACAGAUUAUUCAAAUGCCAGUACCACUGCAUUUUUUGAUCCGUUUAAGCUGCAGUGGAGUGACCUUUUUAGCAAGCUACUUUCCAUUCCAAUAUCGCUUUUCCCUCCAAUAGAGGACACUAGCCACAUUUUUGGAUUAGUUGAUACUGAAAUAUUUGGAGUACCUAUUGCAAUAGCAGCUUUGGCAGCAGACCAGCAGGCAGCCAUGUUCGGACAGUGCUGUUUUGAUACAGGUGACAUAAAACUCACCAUGGGAACUGGUACCUUUUGGGAUAUUAAUACUGGAAACAACAUUCAUGUAUCUAAGAAAGGCUUGUAUCCAUUGGUUGGUUGGAAAAUUGGGAAUGAGAUCACCUACUUAGCUGAAGGCAAUGCUUCUGAUACUGGAAAUGCUAUCAAAUGGAUUCAGGGCUUAGAACUUUUUGACAAUGUUGAAGAGACAUCACAAAUGGCACAUAGCCUAGUAAAUUCGGGAGGAGUUUGUUUUGUUCCAUCUUUUAGUGGUUUGCAGAUACCUGUGAAUGAUCCUUACGCAUGUACUUCUUUUAUGGGGAUCACACCUACUACUACCAAAAAACAUCUUGUUCGAGCUGUGUUGGAAUCCAUCGCUUUCAGAAACAAACAGCUGUACGAUACCAUUACAACAGAGUUGAGCAUUCCAGCUAUGUCCAUUCGAGCUGACGGAGGCGUCAGUAAAAAUAGUUUUGUGAUGCAGAUAACUUCGGAUUUAAUCAAUAAAUCAAUAAACAAGCCUGACAGUACAGACAUGUCUUGUCUUGGAGCAGCUUUUCUAGCAGGCCUUGCUAUUGGAUAUUGGACUGACAAAGAACAACUGAAGACAUUCAGGCAAACUGACAUAGUUUUUAAGCCACAAAGAGAGCCAAAGGAGUAUGAACCUGCCAUGAGUAACUGGAUAAAAGCUGUCUAUCGUUCUCUCUCUUGGUAUAGCCAGGCAUCUCAGUAAUUAAUAGUAUUUACAUGUUGGACAAUAUACCUCACUACUUUAUUUCUGCUUUAGACUUAAGCAGUUAUUUUUCUCGGACAAUAUUCAAGCAAUACAAAAAGUCUCCUGGAAUAGUAGUGAAUCCCAGGUAGUAGUCAAGAGACUAAAUGUCUCUUGUGAGUGUUGUGUUCUCAGCGACGAUAAUUUAUAAUAUUUGAUUUUAUUCAUGAGAUCAAUAUAUAUAUAUAUAGGGAAUGUUCAGAUACCAACCUAGGAGAUUUCAUAUGGAAAAAUCUAGAUUAAGAUUGUAUCAAAAAAUUAUUUCCCAAUAGACAGGAGCAUACC